AAAGAAGGAAGCUUUGAAAUAGUGGAGAAGGACAACAAAGUGAGUCUAGUGGUUCACUACAAUGUUGGAGGAAUUCCAAAGACAUUUCAGGUGUUCUGGUAGGUGAACUGCCACACCAGGUAGGGAGCGCACUAUUAAUUGGGAAGAAAUGAGACCUAGAAACCACGAAAAAAAGACAGAGCAGUGUAGCAUCUGGCCUCUCAGCUUGUUGGAAAUCCAAACCCUUUCACUUGAUACACUUACACAAUUGAGAUGAAAGUCUACUGGGACCUCAGGGCCUUUUCUAUUCUGGUGCUUUUCCCAGUUGAAAUGCUGAAAAACUCCAGUGUGGAUCUACCAGUAGUCUUUCUGCUUACUGGUUUAAGCCAUAACAUUAAAACUGUGGUCCUGCGACAAAAUGGUGGAAAACUGUGUUGCCUGAUGCUAACGCUAAAGGAUGCCAGCUUCCUGACAAUUGAUAAGGUACCAUCUAAGGAUGCAAAUGAAAUGAGGAUGUAUCUAGAUGCCAUCCUGAAGGACAGAGUUCAUGGUGCUGUGAAACCCUCUCAAGGAUCUGGUAGCUUUGGAGGUGUUCUGGGCAACAGGACGAAACAGAAGGAAACGAACAGGCAGUUCCCGUAUGUUGAAAAUCAGACACCUUCAAAGAGAGUGACUGUGGAAAGCAAGGAUGAAAACUCCUUUCGGAAGAUGCUGGGCACUUCAGGCAGCAGGGCAUCUGUCAAGAGCUCCCCAGGAAGCACAGCACCCAGCAACAGGGUAAACAUUCCGGCAUCUCCCACCUCAUCAACGCCUCACAGAGCAGGUUUAUUGGAAAAUCGUGAAAAGAGGAAAAGAGCACAGCCUUCUGGUUCAGAGAUGAAUGAAGAUUAUCCUAAAGAGAAUGAUUCUUCAACCAAUAACAAACCUAUGACUGACCCAGCUUGGAAGUUUUUAAGUGGUAGCCGAGAGAAGCAGCUGAGCCUGAAACAAGCAGAGGAGAACAGGACGUCAGGGAUUUUACCACUACAGUCAUCUUCCUUCUAUGGUAGUAGGUCCUCAUCAAAGGAUUACUCCACUAGCAAUUCCAACCUGGACAGGUCCAGCAUGUCAAGUCAGGCACCCUCAGCCAAAAGAAGCUUGGGCUUUCUCUCUCAGCCAGCCCCUCUGUCCGUGAAAAAAAUGAGGUCUAACCAAGACUACACAGGCUGGAACAAACUUCGAGUACCCCUUUCCACCCAUCCGCAGCAACAGCUCCAAGGGUUUUCCAACUUGGGGAACACCUGCUACAUGAAUGCCAUUUUGCAGUCCUUGUUUUCAAUUCAGUCAUUUGCUAAUGAUUUACUUAAGCAGGGCAUCCCAUGGAAGAAGAUUCCACUCAAUGCACUUAUCAGACGCUUUGCCCAUCUGCUUGCUAAAAAGGAUGUGUGCAGCCCUGAGGUAAAGAAAGAGCUGCUCAAGAAGGUGAAAAGUGCCAUUUCGGCUACCGCAGAGAGAUUUUCUGGUUACAUGCAGAAUGAUGCCCAUGAGUUCUUGAGCCAGUGCUUGGAUCAGCUGAAGGAAGACAUGGAAAAGCUAAAUAAAACUUGGAAGAGCGAGCCUGCACUGAGUGAAGACAACUCCCCAGGACGGGCUUCCGAUGCCCUCUCGGCUACCAAAGUUUACACUUGUCCAGUUAUCACUAACUUAGAGUUUGAGGUUCAGCAUUCAAUCAUAUGUAAAGUGUGUGGUGAAACGGUCAUUAAACGUGAACAAUUUAACGAUUUGUCCAUUGACCUUCCUCGAAGAAAGAAGUUUCUUCCUUCCCGGUCCAUUCAGGAUUCCCUCGAUCUCUUUUUUAGGGCAGAGGAGAUUGAGUAUUCCUGUGAGAAGUGCAAUGGAAAGUCUGCCAUUGUCACGCACAAGUUCAACAGGCUUCCAAGGGUCUUGAUUCUUCACCUGAAACGAUACAGCUUCAAUGUAGCACUCUCCCUCAAUCACAAAGUUGGGCAGCAGGUGGUUAUACCAAGGUACUUGACCUUGUUAUCGCACUGCACAGAAGGCACCAGGCCGCCACUUACUCUGGGCUGGAGUGCACAUUCUGCAAUAUCUCGACCAUUGAAAGCCUCUCAGAUGGUGAAUUCCUGCACCAUGAUAAGCACUUCCACACCUUGUAGAAAGUACACCUUCAAAUCAAAGAGCUCGGCCAUGCUCUGCAUGGAUUCAGACAGCGAUGAUGAACCAUUGAAGCGCUCUGUGGCCCACAGCCAAAGGUUGUGUGAUGUAACCAUCAGAGAGCUUCCUCAGCAGCAACAGGCACCACCAGAAGAUCCAGAAAAGGGUUCAAAAAGAAAUAAAGCGGAGUGUGAUAAAUCCGCUGACCUGGGAAGUGCUAGCUUUGAUGGAAUGAGUGAGGAUGAGCUGUUAGCAGCUGUCUUGGAGAUCAGCAAAAGGGAAGCUUCGCUGACUCUGAGCCAUGACGAAGAUAAGCCCACCAGCAGCCCUGACACUGGCUUCGGAGAAGACGAGGUCCAGGAACUGCCGGAAAAUCUGGAAUCAGUGGAGGCAGAGAAGCCCAAAACGGCUACAGAAUCAGGUCCUGCCAACUUCACAGAAAUCACGAAGGAUUUUGAUGAGAAUAAAGAAAACAAAACUCCGGAAGGCGCCCAGGGGGAGGUCGACUGGCUUCAACAGUAUGACAUGGAGCGGGAGAGAGAGGAGCAGGAACUGCAGCAGGCGCUGGCUCAGAGCCUUCAAGAGCAAGAGGCGCGAGAACAGAAAGAAGAUGACGACCUCAAGCGAGCUACCGAAUUAAGUCUGCAAGAGUUUAACAGCUCUCUUCUGGACAGUGUUGGCUCUGACGAGGACUCUGGGAACGAGGAUGUUCUUGACAUGGAGUACUCGGACGCCGAAGCAGAAGAGCUGAAAAGAAACGCUGAGGUAGGAGAACUCCCUCAUUCCUAUCGUCUCAUCAGUGUUGUCAGCCACAUUGGAAACACAUCAUCUUCGGGACAUUACAUCAGCGACGUCUACGAUAUCAAGAAGCAGUCCUGGUUCACCUACAAUGACCUGGAAGUGUCCAGAACUCAAGAGGGCACCGUACAGUGUGACCGAGACCGAAGCGGCUACAUCUUCUUCUACAUGCACAAGGAUAUCUUUGAGGAGCUGCUAGAAGCAGAGAAGAACGCGCAGCCACUGAGCACGGAAGCGGGAAGGUCUGUGCGCCAGCCCCUGUGAAGAGCAGGGUACCUCGUUCCUCCUGACUGUGGGGAAUUCUGAACUUGUGCCAGAUGUGGAGGAGAACAAACUGCUCAGGGAGAGACGGAGCGUGAGAAACAUGGGACUCUCGACUUGCCGAACCAUGGGCUUGAGCCGCGCUCGUCAGCCUUGGCGUCCCUGAGAGCACCUCCUUUUGGGGGGUGGCAGGGGGAAGAUUUUUAUUGUUCUGGGAAUAGCUUUGUCAGCGUGGAGCCUUAAAGAGUGACACCAAGCCACCAGACUACAGCUGCUCAUGAACUGAUCUCACAGUAGUGCAGAGAGACCAGACCUUCCAGGCCCAUUCGCCUAGGACGUGCGAGUGGGGAGGAGAGUUGCAUAUCACUUGGCAUUCUAUUCUUUUUUCUUUUUCUUUUCCAAGAGCAACUGAAGCAAUAGAUUCUGUAACCCGGCCUGUAUCGUGUUAGUAACAUUCACUGGAAACCCCCCGACACCAAGUAUCCUAUGGCCAGUCUGCCCUGCUAGCUGGGGUGUCCGCAUCGUGCCAGUCGAAUGUGUCCUGACGUCAGCAGGAUGGUAGACACUCUGGCGUUUCUUUGCAGUGCUGGGAAACAAAGUGCCAGUGCUGUGGCACGUAUUUAAGACUCGGCUACGUUCCAUCACCUUGCCAGAGUUCCUCGUCCCCCCGGUUUAACGCUAUUAUACGCACGUUUGGUUUUGUUUUGAACGUUUUAUUCUCUGACUGCCUCUUUCCAUAGCGUUGUUGCUUGGUGCAGCUCACAGAGGAAGCAUCUGUCUCCAUGUGCAUGUUUCUCUCUGGCUUCAAACCACGUAGGGUUGCCUUGUUUUGACUUCGACAGCCGCAGCUGAUGGGAUGGGGUGGAAGGUAAGCUUUGACCUGUCGGCAGGUUCAGAAGUGAACCCUGGCCACGUGUCGUUGCACACCAGAAAUUGUCAUUCUGGCCCAGCCCCUUCAGAGUCUGCACAUGCAAAGCUUUGUCUCUUUGUAUCAUCUCAAACUGAAUGAGUGAAGAAAACCUGUCAGCAAGAUUACCCUUGGAUCACUCCAUUAGACUGAGCCAAGGUUUCAAACUGACCUUCCAGACCCCCAGAACUGCCCAGAGAGAGAUGUGCUUUCAGGGUAGCUAUAAAUCUAUUGGGCUUUUAAGGAGUCUGGAGCAUUCAACUGCUGUAAACCAGCUCCGUUGAGAAGCUUUGGGAACUUCAAGGUUAAGAAGAGAUUUCAGGGCACAUGUGUUUUACCUCUUCUAUUUUCCUAGUUGACUUCAGUAACACAAAGCUCGUUUUAUACCUGGUUUCAGUAAAACAUCCCACAAUUUGAUUCUUAUUAGCACCUUCAAACCAUCUUUUAUUUAACUUGGGCAGAUGUUUCCUUCAGCUGCUGGGUUUUUUGUUUGUUUGCUGUUUGUUUUUUUGGGUUUUUUUUCUCCCAAAUGAAUUGUUAUUAGCAACUGGAGGAGUUGAUUGAGUUUUGCCCCUAAUUCUGCCUCUUUGCAAUUGGAUUAACUGGUUACAGAUGUUGAAGGGGUUUUAUUUUUUCCCCCUUUCUUUGCUAUCAAGGAUGUUCUGUUUUAAAACUACCAUGAGGAGUUUCUCAGGAAUAAAAUACCUAGAGCUAAGCGGAUGUGUCUCUGAUGACAGUGGGCAUCAGAUAGGGAUGAUCUGGGUCCACAGAGCUUCUGGGUGGAAGACUAACUGCAACCAAAGAAGUGGGGGGUCUUGCUAGGUGCUGGUCUUGCAUUAAGCGGGCGUAGAUGCAGACCUGCUACAUGCAUGGCAAAGCUUUGCCAUUAAGAUGAUACAGCUCCGGCCGCCCACAGCGUGGUGUUAUAAACCGUUCAAAUUUUCCAUUGUUGAAGUGAAGGUGCAUAGAACUGGGGAGGGAGCAGUUCCCAGAGGACUUUGUUGUAGAGGCCCAGAGCAAAAGGUGGGGAGCAUGGCAUUAGAGCAGUCACUGUUCUCCACCGUGACUCGCCCCUUCCUCUGGUUUUUCCCCCAGUCUUAUAAGAGCAGCUAGCGCUGGUGCUAAAAGUGUCAGGUCCACUAAUGAACUGAGCAGGGAACUUAGUUCCCUCGGAUCUAAGCCUGCAGCCCCCCAGAUCCAUCCGUGUGUAAAUGCCUCUGGGGAGCCUGGUGCCACCUGAAUGCCCCUCUGAUGUGCGCAUCUCAGGCUUGGUGCAAAGGGGCAGCUUGCAGCCGGGUUUCCCUGUUGGAGCGAAGACUACAUUCUCACUUGAGUUGUCAUUAGCAGCCAGUGAACGAGCUCCUGUGGGCCAGUGACCUUGCCCCCUGGAGCUUGCUGGUCUGAUCCACGCCCAGGUGUCCCCAGCAUCCUUCACUGUGCACCUCCCAUGCUGCCUAUCUCAGUACAAUAACUUGACGCUGCUCAGCCUUAGCCACCCCGUAUGGCCUUUACAGUCAGUCUGGUUUGUAGCUAAAAAUGCUACAGGGCGGCUCCGAUCCUCUGGGCCUCAUGGUUUUAGUAGAAGCUCUUGCCAAGCCAGCUGGGAAGCAGGAGGCUUUUGGGGGGUAAUACAGCGAUGCCAGUAGGGCUCAUGGGUGUGCCUAGCUAGCAAGGGUGCAGUGCAGGGUCCUCGCUCAGACCCGUAUUCACCCCAGAGCCUGUUCGGUUUGGUCCAGUGACAGUUCAGUCUGGAAGGGCAGCGCGGGGGGCUCUUGCCUCCUCUCUUCCCCUCAUCUUUUGUCAGCUUUCUGUUGAUCUCGGUUUCGCCUCUUCCUUAUAUUUGCUUUGUGCAAUAGCUGUGCUCAUAUCGGGAGUGGGGAAAGCAGAAUUGCUGCUGGGCCCAUCAGAGAGGUGCGUGCAGGGCAAGACUGGCCAGAGAGAUGCGGUCUGUGCUGGAAGGAUGCGUCUUCUCUAGCUGGGCUUUCAUCCCAUCCUACCUAGCGGGGGAGAGGACCUUUCCCUUCGCAUGAGGGGUUUAACAGGGCUGCUACAGCCAACGGGAGAAACGGUGGGUUAGCCUGCAUUACCUUCGUAUGGACACUGAGGGCCCAUGGCAAGGCUGGGGGCAUCGGGCAGGACCAGGGGAGCAACAGGCCUCAUCACUUCCUUUUCUAAACCGAUCUAAUUGGGGCUAGUAACCAAUCACCAAAGACAGGAUCCAGUGGGGGCCUUACCAGAGAACCUGCCUGCCACCUGGCUUGGUGGCUCUCAGGGUUGCAGGCACAUGUCCUGCCAUAUGCGUGUGUCAAGGGGAGGCCACGUGACCAUCAUUGGGGCCCUUCCCUUCUUCCCGUGGAGCAGCACUUCUCUGUGUUUUAGCAGAUCUGUUCCACUGGGAUCUUUAGAGGUUUGCCCUCCCCUCCCCGUUUUUAAAUUAUGUGUAGAUAAGCUUUUCUUUUGUGGAAUUAAAACCUUUAUCAACCCU